CUUACAGCCAUCUGCUUAAAAGAGAGAGAAAACUCUCAGAAACAUGAUUUGCUUGCAGUUCCUAUCUCUUCUUGCCUAUGGACUUACAGUGCUGCAGGGGGUGAAGGGGUGGACAUACCAUUAUUCAGACACAAACAUGACCUACAGUGAAGCAGAGCAGUGGUGCAGAAAGAAGUAUACUAACCUGGUUGCAAUCCAGAACAAGGAGGAAAUCAAGCAUCUCAAUGCCUUCUUACCCUUCAAUCCGGGUUACUACUGGAUUGGAAUCAGAAAAAUUAAUGAUGUGUGGACCUGGACUGGAACUAACAAAGAACUGACAGAAGAAGCAAGAAAUUGGGCUUCAGGGGAGCCAAAUGGCAAAGGGAACAAUGAGGACUGCGUUGAGAUCUACAUCAAAAGAGGGAAGGAUGAUGGCAAAUGGAAUGAUGAGCAGUGUGAGAAAAAGAAGGUCGCCUUGUGCUACACAGCUUCUUGCAACCCAUCUCUCUGCAGUGGGCAUGGAGAAUGCAUAGAGACUAUCAACAAUCACACCUGCCUUUGCAACCCUGGCUUCUAUGGGCCUGAAUGCGAGUUUGUUAAGAGUUGUGAUCCACUAAAGAAACCUGAUCAUGGGAGCCUUGGGUGCCACCAUCCAUUGGGGGACUUCAGCUACAACUCGUCCUGCAAAGUUCAGUGUGAGGAGGGCUAUGAGCUGACUGCACUGGAAUCUGUCCACUGUACCUCUUCUGGGAUCUGGUCUGCCCCCCUUGCAGCAUGCAAAGCUGUGACCUGUCCUGCCUUGGAAUUGCCUGUCCACGGGGCUGUGAACUGCUCCCAUCCCUCUGUGCAGCUCACCUGGGGAACCACCUGUGAGUUCACCUGUGAGGAAGGAUUUACCCUGACGGGACCAGCUACACUGCAGUGUGGCUCUUCAGGGGCCUGGGACAGGCAGCAGCCAACGUGUGCAGCUGUGAGGUGUGAGGCUGUCCCGCGGCCAGCAGAAGGCUCUGUGAGCUGUGACCACGCUCCUGCAGAGCUCACCUCGGGCUCACGCUGUGAUUUCCAGUGCUCUGAGGGAUAUGUCCUGGAGGGCUCACCCAGCACUGAGUGCACGGCACAGGGACAGUGGUCGGAGCCCGUGCCCAAAUGCAAAGCUGUGACCUGUCCUGCCUUGGAAUUGCCUGUCCACGGGGCUGUGAACUGCUCCCAUCCCUCUGUGCAGCUCACCUGGGGAACCACCUGUGAGUUCACCUGUGAGGAAGGAUUUACCCUGACGGGACCAGCUACACUGCAGUGUGGCUCUUCAGGGGCCUGGGACAGGCAGCAGCCAACGUGUGCAGCUGUGAGGUGUGAGGCUGUCCCGCGGCCAGCAGAAGGCUCUGUGAGCUGUGACCACGCUCCUGCAGAGCUCACCUCGGGCUCACGCUGUGAUUUCCAGUGCUCUGAGGGAUAUGUCCUGGAGGGCUCACCCAGCACUGAGUGCACGGCACAGGGACAGUGGUCGGAGCCCGUGCCCAAAUGCAAAGCUGUGACCUGUCCUGCCUUGGAAUUGCCUGUCCACGGGGCUGUGAACUGCUCCCAUCCCUCUGUGCAGCUCACCUGGGGAACCACCUGUGAGUUCACCUGUGAGGAAGGAUUUACCCUGACGGGACCAGCUACACUGCAGUGUGGCUCUUCAGGGGCCUGGGACAGGCAGCAGCCAACGUGUGCAGCUGUGAGGUGUGAGGCUGUCCCGCGGCCAGCAGAAGGCUCUGUGAGCUGUGACCACGCUCCUGCAGAGCUCACCUCGGGCUCACGCUGUGAUUUCCAGUGCUCUGAGGGAUAUGUCCUGGAGGGCUCACCCAGCACUGAGUGCACGGCACAGGGACAGUGGUCGGAGCCCGUGCCCAAAUGCAAAGUCAUACAGUGUGAACCACUGAGCUCUCCUGAGAAAGGCUCCAUGGAUUGCUCCCACGGGGCUGGGAUGUUCACCUACAACACCUCCUGCCACUUCAGCUGCCUCCAAGGAUGGAGUCUCAAUGGCUCUCGUGUUCUUGAGUGCAGCCAUUCAGGAAACUGGAGUGCCAGCCUGCCCACAUGUGAAGCCUCUGACCAAGCCAGCUACAUCUCUGUGGGCAUAGCAGCCACUUCUGCCUCUCUGCUGUCCACAGCAUCGUUCCUCCUUUGGCUUGCAAGGCGCUUCCGGAGAAAAGCAAAGAAGUUUAUUCCUUUCAGGAACUGGCAGGAAACAGCCAGUGAAGGUAGUUUCCAAAGUGCUGGCGAGAAUGUCUAACUCAGGUGUUUCAGGAAUUGCUGCCACCUUCACUUACGUCUCAGAUUUCUGGAGAAUGAAACUGCCUGCAAAUCAGCAGCUGUCCAGAUGUUUUUACCUUUUGCUGACAAGAUGAUUGACCUUGUGUAUGAUUCAGAAAUCUUGAACUCAAGCUGUCUGGUAUUUCCAUUGAAGACAAACAGAAAACUCUGGCCUUGUGGCCAAAUCCUGCCUACAUUCAGCUAUGUAGUUAUCCUAAACUGGGAGCUUGCCAUCUCCUGUCCAGGUGGUGAGUAAAUAGUGCACUGCUGCCUAAAGAGGAGGCUGGUUCCUCCUCUGCUCCACUCAAAGGUACCGAGGUGAGGUGAAGACAUGCAUUAUUUCACAUCACUUACUACACUGCUGGAAGUGUCUCCUCUGGCAUCACAGGGGUUAUGCUUGCAGAAACAGAAGAAUCAGGAUGAAAAAAUAUUCACUGAACAGCUUUGAAACUAUUGAUCUGGUUUGUGGAAGUCAGUUUAUUUUAAGAUGUCCCAGUCAAUAGGUAUGCCUGCAGUGAUAUGGGCAAUUAUUUGGAUUUCUGCUGCAUAUCCCAGAAAACUUAAAUACCAUUUUUUAAAUUAUAACAGCACUAGGAACCAUGGUGCUUACACAGGGUACUCUAGUUUCUGAACACAGCAGGUAGAUCAGAAAUUAUCUCAUCCCUGUGGGAUUCUGUACUGUAAUAUCUGUAUAUACAUAUGUAUUUAUUUGAGCAGCUUUUACUGUGGAUAUUUCUGUGCUCUUAACUGUACGUGUAUUGUAAAAUUCUUGUUCUUGAGUAGGUCUCUGGCUGUUGAUCAAUUGAUCAGAAUUUAUUUGAAAAUAAAGUGGAAGUGUUUGUAAGGAUUGCAUGCCUGCAUAAUGUUUACGAAUGAAAUGGAAUACUAAGAUUUGUAUGUUUAUGUAUUGAAAAUAUGAUUUUUGAGCUGUUAAAAGUGUUCAAAUGAGACUCUUAAUUUAUGUUUAAGUUAUGAUUAUAAAUUAAAAAUCUCUCAUUUAA